UCGCGGUGCAAAUUCAAUUACAGCGAUUCGUUUUUCACGGUUGACGAGCUAGCAGGCGCACAGGAUGAUGAAUUUGACGUCGUGUUGCGUGUGUUGUGUCGCGUUCCGGUGACACAAAGAAGCUGCGGCGGUGGCCUCAGGGCGUAUCAGGGCGUGCGAUUUGGUCAUGAAACCGAAAAUUGCUAUCCAAACUAGCGCGUCUUUGAGGAGCAGCACAGCAGUCAGUAAUGAGCUCGAGUACGAGUCGUUUGGUGCCCCGGGAACGCACAGACAGCCAAAGUUUCGCUAGCAGUAAUCAUUUCUACAGCAAGGACCGAGUUCACUUGGUGCGAAUUGGAAUCGUCUCUAUUAUGGCGUUAGUCACACUCCUCGUGAUCACGUUACUUCUGCAAGAAGCGAUUGCGGGCGACCAGCGAAUUGUGAAUUCGCCAACGCGGCACAAACUCAUUGACAAGCACAAAGUCGAAAAGGCUGUGCGGGGGAUGGCGCAAUUCCACGGCGGCGAGACCGCGACCGUCGACACUCUCACCUCGUCCACCCCCAAGGAGCUGCCGGCGCCGAUUCCAGAGCCUGAAAUGAUGAGGGAUCCGGAAUACUUCAAAAAGUGGAGAGAUGGAUAUUACGGAAAAAGAAAGAAGUCGUAUAAAAGAAACGGCGAGGACGUGCCCUUUAGGCUAAAUGUUCUGCCUAAAGACUCGUAUGAUCCGUACAUGUUUGGAGAGGACGAGCAUAAAGCGAAAAAGCAGGAGAGGAAAUACAGCUAUCCGCCUGAUGCUAAAAGCAUUCAGGACAUCAUCCACUUUUUAACAGAGGGCAAAAGGAGCCGCUUGCACAGCCACGCUGGUCUGCGUUUCAAAGGCAGAGUGAAAAAUUUGGACAUGAAGGAUCCCAUGAGUGUAUUUCAGCACGAAUCGCGGCACGAGCCCAAGUUUGUGUCGAACAACCCACUCGUGGAUUUUCGCAUGGCUGGUGACCCGAAAGAAGUGAACAAGGCGUUGCUGGGCUUAGACAAACCGACAAACCCAAAGACCGAAGAGAAUUUAAAGCCGAAAACCGUGAGUUUGAUGCUGGACAUCCACCCGAUGGGUCACGACGACGAGACGAGCAGCUCGACGAAGCGGGAGCGGUCGCGGCGGCCUCCGCAACAGCCUCCACCGCCGAAACGCAGACAACGAGCGAGACCGCGACCGCAGAAACAUUACCGAGGCGGCGACGGCGGCUCGAGUAGCCGCGACGAAAUCCUGCACGGCCGGCCCAGCCACCACAAUGAAGUUUACCGACCCUCUUACAAGGGUGACCACGACAGAUUCGGGCCCGAGGUGGCUAAACACCAUCAAAUCACGCUGCACCUCAAUUUCUUCCCUACAGCCAAAAAGCAGAGCAACGCAGCCGAUAUCGAUCUCAACCCGGGCAAGUCGUCGGCGCUAUCGGAUCUGGCGCCGUCGCCGCGGGACGAGGGGCCGCCGAACCACAAGGGCGACACGACCUUCAAAGCGGAGCCGAUCCCUAACCUGCUGAACGACCCGAGCAUCCACGUCUUCAACCGGCACCGCUACGGCUCGGCCACUGCCAGCCAGAGCCUACCGUGGCGAGACCCAGCAUUCGACCAAGUUAGCAACCACCGGCUGGACGGUAAUGGCGUGGAACUGGUCGGUGCCGAGCGUCGCCACGCCGUCGUCGAUGACACGCAGCAUCCUUUGCUGCCUCAUGGACCGCCGGAGCACCGCUUCAUUUCCGACAAGCUGCUGCUGCAGCCCGACCAUCCAGAACACAGGCACGCAGAGCUCAAGUUGUGAGCUAAUUUGCGAGUGAAAAACUCUGCCGGGUGACACGAGAGGAAAAGCAGCGCAUGGAACGCGGUGUCAUCAAGCUGAAAUGAGUACGACGCUGUGUGUUUCGCUCGCAACACGCUGCAUAAAUUAGGGUGGUGCAUUUUAGUCUGUGUCAAGCUGAAUUCCUGAUUUCUUAUUAAUUAUUAAAUAAAUUUUAAUUUAUUUUUUUACUAAUAAUACCAGUGUUAAUUCUGCAUACGAUUUUCACUAAACAUUUUUGCGGCCAUUUUUGCUGACCAAAAAUAUCAGAAUACAAACGCAACGAUGAACAAUGAAACCGAAAAUCACCCAAAAAGGCAGAACCUUAUUUUAAUUUUUUACGAAUUCAAUUCCUGAGUGCUGUUUUUCCACUAAAACAUCAAGUGUGAUGGCUUUUUGUUAAUUUUCUAUAGUUUGGUUUGUGAAUUUUGGACUAAAUUUAUCAGGGCUUCUAAAUAAACAAGUUUAUUUAGAAGCCCUGAUAAAUAAAACUGAACUAUAGAAAAUUAACAAAAAGCCUAUCACACUUGAUGUUUUAGUGGAAAAACAGCACUCAGGAAUUGAAUAAAACAGUUUUGAAACCAUGCAACAAUGCCAAAACCAACUAACGUCUCUCUAAAUCGGCAAAAAGUCCGAGAAAAAAGCAUCCUGCAAAAAUUAAAAAAAAACUAUUUAACACACCAAAAAAACUCUUAAAAUUCACACCCCUGAUUGUGAUUUUUAAUGUAAAUUUUCUUUAAUUUUUUUAAUAACAAUUAGAACGAAAAAAUCCAGUAAAAAUUUAUUGAAAUUGUAAAAUAUUAAAAUGUUCCGAGGACAUGCCCAAUAAGUAGCAAUAUUUAUGGUGAAUCACUACUUUACUCUUUUCCAAUAAAUUUCAUAGCAAUUCAUUUGUGCUAGCUGGCCUGUUUUGAAGAACUCUUCUUUCAGUCUCAAUACCGCUGCUGUGCAAAAGCGAUCAUGAUAAACCCGUCUAGAUCUCAGCAAGCCGAGAUUUUUAUUAAAAAAUUGUAUUUUAUUAAAAUAAAAAAUCUUGUUGUUUCUCUUGAAAUGGCGCACAUUUUGAAAUUUUUUGAGGAAAUUUAAAAAAACUUGAAAAAUAAAUGUGGCUUUACUGCUCCACACAUUGUAAGGACUCACAAAAAUGGCCAAUUAACAGUCUUCCACGUUAAAAUAUAAUUCCUUCCUUUAUUUUUCAUAAGAUCUUUUUCAUGCUAAGAAUUUCUCAUGCUAAUCCGCAGUUUUUUUUAAUGUUUGAUCUCCUUUUGCAAGUGAUUUUUCUUAUAACAAUUUUUACUUUACUUAUAAAAUUCUUUUGUAUUUUUUUUUAAAUCAUCUCGAAAGUAUGUACUCUCCAGUCAGCACUUAGAAGUUUUAAUUGGCUGUUGCAAGCAGUUGAAAUGCAAUUAUUGCGGCUUACCUUCCAAGAAGAAGUGUUAAAUCCGAGGAGUUAUAUCUCAAGCUUCCAUGAAGUGCUUAGCUCAAGAGGCCUUCACGAGUGCAAAAAUGCAGACUAAAAUCCACCUUCCACGAGAAAACUUUUACGUCAAAAAUAGUGCGAGAUUUACCUCGCUCCGCUUACUUUGUAGAUCUGACGAGAGCGAGACAUUAAUGAUGGACGCGCCAAGUCUGAUGUUCUUUUUAUCACACGCUGCGUAAAAGAAACACGGCGAGAUAAGCGGUUAAUCCCGACAGAAACUGGAUGUGUGUGUAUGCUUUUUGCCUGAUUUUAUUUGCGUCCUCUCUCUUUCUUUCUUUCUCUCUCUCUAUAACGUUCACCGAUAUAUAUGUACACAGCGAUUUAGUACAUUAAGUUAAUUUAUUUGUUUCAAUACAACACACGCUGACAGCAGCAUUAUUAUUUACAAA